AUGUUGGUACCAUCCAAAAUAGCCAUUGUGACAAUAGCCACCAUCAAUUCAAACUCAUUACAAAUUGAUACCACGUUACGACAAAAAACCAUUGGAACAAAAGCAUUAAUAGACUCAGGAGCAACAGACGACUUCAUGGACGCGGAAUUUGCAAUCAAACAUCGCCUACCACUCAACAAGCUAGAAACACCCAUCACAUGCAAAAACGUAGAUGGAACCAUCAGCAAUGGAGGAAAAAUCACCCAUUACACAUAUCAACGAAUCGAAGCAGGAGGAAGGAAUGCCAUAUGCAAAUUCCUCAUCACCGGAUUAGGAGGAGAAGACAUUCUCCUAGGGUGCCCGUGGCUU